AGGUCACUGCCCUGGGCGGUGUAUGCUAGGGAGCUUCUAUCCGGGGGAGCCGGGCCUGGCGCAGUCUUGGUUGCCGGGCGUCCGCCCAACCCCAGACUUGAGCAUGUGCUGUCGGGCUGGGACUUAGGAUUCUGCUUGGGUCUUAACGAUGCCGGGGUGCCGAAGCCUGGAAUUGGCUCGGGCGAGGAGGGUGCCCGCCGGGUCAGCCUGGUAAUGAUGUAAUGGGGACCCUUCCUCUGGAUACAUGAAACACUUAGGAAUUUUGGCCCUAGAAGACGAGCGUGGGGAAGGAAGGUAACAUUAAGGCUGCUUAAGACUACAAGGGCAAGGGGUUAUGUCUAGUACACCAUGCUUUGGAGCUUCCCUUGUGGUUAGGAAUGGCGGGUAUUUCUGCCCUGGAUGACUGGAGUAAUCCAAACCUUGUUGGUUUGUGGGAAUACACGAUCUGGUUCUAAAUAUGUGUAGUAGUAACUCGCCAAAAUGACGAACACAAAGGGAAAGAGGAGAGGCACCCGGUACAUGUUCUCUAGGCCUUUUAGGAAACAUGGCGUUGUUCCUUUGGCCACAUACAUGCGAAUCUACAAGAAGGGUGAUAUUGUAGACAUCAAGGGAAUGGGCACUGUUCAAAAAGGAAUGCCCCAUAAGUGCUACCACGGCAAAACCGGAAGAGUCUACAAUGUCACCCAGCAUGCCGUGGGCAUCAUUGUCAACAAGCAGGUUAAGGGCAAAAUUCUGGCCAAGAGGAUCAAUGUGCGGAUUGAGCACAUCAAGCACUCAAAGAGCAGAGACAGCUUCCUGAAGCGGGUGAAGGAGAAUGACCAGAAGAAAAAGGAAGCCAAAGAGAAGGGCACCUGGGUGCAGCUGAAGCGCCAGCCUGCGCCACCCAGAGAAGCACACUUUGUGAGGACUAAUGGAAAAGAGCCUGAGCUGUUGGAGCCCAUUCCAUACGAAUUCAUGGCCUAAUGUACACAAAGAAAUAAAAUACCAGCACCAGGACUGUGAAGUGUUUUCCUUAGACUGUAGUGUGGGGUUUGCUCAUUGGCUUUCUUGUUCAGAUUUUACUAAUUGUUCUAAAUGAUACAGCUUAGUGUGCAGAAAAUAUCCUCUUGAUUGGAAAAUAGCCAAAUAUUUACAAAACAGGUAUACUAGUUUGAAGAGGCUCUAUAUGGGGGGAGGGGGUGCUGGAAAACAUUAGUGGGUGACCAGUAAUGGUGGUACAGCUCUAACUCCUAGCACCAGGAGUCCGAGGCAGGGGGAUCUUCAGGCUGCAUGAUGUGCAUAGUAGCAUGCUGGUAUUAGGGAGUGGGUAUCUGUGGUUCCCACUUUGAAAAUAACCAAAAUUCUCCAAAGUGGGCAGACCUAAGCCAGGAGAGGGCUGGCCACAGACAUUUGGUACUGCUUGCUGAGAAAGCACUGAUUGUUUUCCUAACCUAAAGAUUAUAUAUGGCCCACCAUACCAUCUUUGAAACAAUGUGUACUGGCCUUUGGUUCACCUUUCUUGUCUUUGAAGUUGUACUUGGUGGGUGCAUUUAACCUUGCCACAGAGUGGGGAGGAUAGAGUCUAAUGGACCUUAAGUGGUCUCUGGUGGCCAUGUCGGCAGUGCUUAGGUUGUAGCCCAGGGUUGGAGUCGGCAGUGACAAGCAAAUAACUAUAUUCUUGCUUGCUGUGGCAGCUAUACAGAAAUUUACGGUAUAGGUAAGAGGGUUCUCUAGAAGUACUACCUGUCUUAGUGAAAGAGAUUGCUUGGUUAACAUCCUGUUAUGUAGUGGGGCUACUUUUAAACUGUGUGAAGUCCCCAUUAGCCACCUCCAUAGGCAAUGGAGCUAACAUUCUUGCUACAGUGGCCGCAGCUCAUUAACACCUAAUGAUGUGUUUAACAUGUGUCCACAUGGUGUGAAUGUGGGUACGCAUGUGCCCAGUAUUCAGUUCACAGAAUUGUCAUCAUCUUCCAUCAUGUCUUCAGUGAGGGACUCUGCAGAUGCCCACCCCAGUCCUUGGUUGUGGUGAUUCUGUUAGCAUUAAAUGCACUGGAGAGCUUCAA